UAUGUUGUGGUGAAGAGUGAAGAGCAUAACACUAAACAGCGAGUGAGUGAGUGAGUGAGUGAGUGCUCAUCAUCACCAUCAUCUUCAAACUCUCGCCAUAACUCUCCCCUUUCACCAAACCCUCGUGGAAUAAUAAUGGCUAUGGAAGACGUCUGGAAAGAGAUCAAUCUCUCCUCCCUCUACGACCACCGCUUCAACCACGAUCCCAAUCUUCAGGGCAUGGGUUUGCACGACUUCUUGGGCCGACCCUUUGCAAAAGACACUCCGCCCAGGCCUGCGCCGCCGCCUCCGGCGACCACCAGGCUGAAUCUCAACUCCGUCCCGGAGUUCCAUUUCUGUGGGACUGUGCAAAACUCGGCCUUGCAGCCUCCCCGCGGCCCUGUUUCCCCUAAAGCGAGUUUCGAGGGCUUGGCUUCAUCUCCGGCUGGGAGCAAUGGUAGUGGGAGAAAGAGGGGCCAUAACUCCUGUAAUAGCUCCGGCGACAACCGGCAUAAGCGGAUGAUUAAGAACCGGGAGUCAGCUGCUCGUUCCAGAGCUAGGAAGCAGGCUUAUACAAAUGAGUUGGAGCUAGAAGUGGCUCAUUUGAUGAAAGAGAAUGCCAAGCUCAUUAGACAAUAUCAGCAGUUGCGGAUAGAAGCAGCGGCUGCUCCCAAAAACCGCAAGCUCUGCCGAACCUCAUCUGCUCCACUCUGAGUAAUCUCCUCCACAACAAUACUAGGAUUUGGGAAACAACCUCUGAUCUGCUACUACAUCAGAUUAAUCUGGGACGACAUAAUCUAAGAAAAGAAAACUACUUGUAAUUGUUGAUGAUGACUAGUAGUGUAUGGUUCUUGAAGGAAGAAUUAGGUAAUGGUCAGUAGAUUAUAUUGUGUAAAUUAUAAAUGGAAGGUUGUUUAGUCUUUUUUGGCAAGGGAAUUUCUUUCUUUAUUGCUGAUC